UACCCUGAUUUGUUUAUAGUGAGAAAAAAUGUCGAAACUUUUGCAACGCGUGGAAACUACGCUGCGCAGUUUUUAUAUUUUCAAUUCGAAAUUUGGUCAAAAAGAGGGCGAGGAGUUCAAAAAGAUAUUGUACUAUAGCCCGCAAGACAUAGAACUAAACACAAAAAUCAAAGAUGUUGGUCUCAGCGAAGCAAUUGUACAAUUUACAAGCACGUUUGUUGGCGAAGACGACUGCAAAGCGCUGCACACUCAGAAAACAACUCAACUCUUUUAUCAGCCCGAAAUUGGCUACUGGAUUGUAAUGGUACUUAAUGUGCCGAGGGAAAUUAAAAGUAAAGAUGGAAUCGAAGUCCCUGAAUAUCGUGGGGCUGAGGUUCAAGAUGGAAUAUAUCGAGUUAUUUUACGACAGUCGUAUAAUAUGUAUCGACUUAGCCAAGGAACAUUUCAUUCCAGUAUGAUAGUUAAUGGAAAGGAAGAUGAUUGUUGCCGUGAGCAAUUGCAAGGGAGGCUAUCCGCAUUUUUCGAUGACUAUUUACAAUCGUUGAGGAUUCCCGUCCUAGAUGUAUUGGCCUUUAUGCACUCAGUACAAUAUUUACCACUUGGACAAGCAUUAUUUCUUCGUGCUCAUAAUUUUAUUAAUAUGGUUCGCGCCACAUUUUCUAUUAUACAAGAUACUAUUUUACUUUAUGAUGAGCGCAUUAUUUGCGGUGGCCAAAUUGGACCGACUGAAUUGUGUAGUUUGCAUAAGUUUGUGGUUGAUUCCUUUUUCAAAAAAUCUGAGUAUUCAACGCGAAACGCACACAAUGGAAGUCCACUCGUGGAAAAAUACCAUAGUGGUGCUUUUGUUACUGGGCUACAGAGUGUAGAGAAUUCAACUGACUUACCUAAAGUUUACCUUGAAUUGGCCGGGUCGCUUCAUUGCUAUUACCUGAUCAUUUUUAGAAUCCUAAAUGCUACAUUGUGCCUCCUGAUAAAUGCCGAGGAGAGCCCACCGAACAAUGAUUUCUACAAAGAAUUACAUUCAUAUAUGGGCCCACAGUUAUCGAGUAUUGUGAAAGAUAUUGAGGAAACUUACUGUAAAGAACAAAGUCUACGUAAGGCAACCACUUCCGCUUCACUUUCCACUUUGACUUCUGCAACUAUCGCAGACGACUGUUCGGUUCCGAAAUAUCUGUUUGUCAACGAGCAAAGCUUAAAACACCUUACGAACAUACCUCACGAUCAUGGACAAAUAAGCAAAUCGCCGCAGUGUAUUCCGGCCAAUGUUAUCAAUCUUAUAGCAGAUCUCAUUCCCUGUAAAGAAUCUUAUUCACCCUUGAAGGAAGUGCAAAUUAAAACUACAAGUGAUUUUUGGAUUGUGCAGCGAUGCUGGAACUCGCGGCAGUGCUAUGUGAUAAUACACAACAGUAAAGCAACAUUGUUGGAUAUAACACAAGAAGCAAGACGAGUAUUUGAUAAAGAAUUCACAGAUGAUGUAUUUUUUGACAAAUAAAAAGUAUAAUCAAAUAAA